GUCCGUGGCCGCUGGGCCUCUGGAGCUCCGCUUCUUCCGCUCCGCGCUUGCCGUUCGUUCUGCCGGGCCGGGCCGGGCCCGUCGCCUCCCGGCCGGCUUCUCGGCGCUCCACCUGGGCCCGCCGCCGCCGAGGAUGUGAGAUGGAUCCUGAGGAGCUGGAGCUUCUGGGCGAUUACAGAUACAGGAACUAUUCCACAGGGAUCGAGAAGGCCCUGAGAAAUUUCGAGUCCUCAAGCGAAUGGGCCGACCUCAUCUCUUCCCUGGGCAAGCUGAACAAGGCGCUCCAGAGCAACCUCAAGUACUCCUUAUUACCACGGCGGCUCCUCAUCAGCAAGAGACUGGCCCAGUGCCUGCACCCGGCCCUGCCCAGUGGGGUGCACCUCAAGGCUCUGGAGACUUAUGAGAUCAUUUUCAAGAUUGUGGGUACCCGAUGGCUGGCCAAGGACUUGUUCCUGUACAGCUGCGGGCUUUUCCCACUGCUGGCGCAUGCGGCCAUGUCUGUGCGGCCCGUCCUGCUGGGCCUGUAUGAGAAGUACUUCCUGCCACUGCAGAGGCAGCUGCUGCCCGGCUUGCAGGCCUUCAUUGUGGGGCUGUUGCCAGGCCUAGAGGAGGGCUCAGAGAUCUACGACAGGACGGACGCCCUGCUGUUGAAACUGUCACUGCUGGUUGGCCGGGAGGUCUUCUAUGUAGCCCUCUGGGGCAGCGCCCUGAUGAGCCCAUCCGUGCGCCUGCCUGCCUCACUCUUCGUGGUGGGCCACAUCAGUAGGGCCUUGCCCCCUCGGGAGCAGAAGUACAUGCUGGGCACCGACUAUCAGCUCACGGUGAAGUCUCUAUGCGCCUGCCUGCUGGAUGCCAAUGUCCUGGUGCAGCGGAACAAUCUGGAAAUCGUCCUCUUCUUUUUCCCCUUCUAUACCUGCCUGGACUUGGAGGAGCAGACUAUCCCACUGCCCAGACCUGACAUCGUACGAAUCCUGGCUGCUGCCACCCAGACCCUGCUGAGAAGGGACAUGUCUCUGAACCGCCGACUCUAUGCAUGGCUACUGGGCUCUGAUAUCAAAGGAAAUACCAUUGUGCCUGAAUCUGACGUCUCCAAUUCUUAUGAAGACCAGUCCUUGUACUUUUUUGAAAAAUAUUCUAAGGAUCUUCUCAUUGAGAGCCUGGCAGGGAUCUUGCACCAGAAUUUCGGGGAUGUCGAUGUGGAAGAGCGCCACCACGCCUACCUGAAGCCCUUCCGGAUCCUGGUCAGUCUGCUGGACAAACCGGAAAUCGGGCCUCCAGUGGUUGAACAUUUGUUUCUUGAAGUCAUCCGGGCUUUUUAUUCCUACUGCAGUGAUGCGCUCGGCUCUGACCUCCAGCUGAGCUACACGCAGAGUGGCAGUUCGCUGAUAAGUGCCAUAAAAGAAAACAGAAAUGCCUCAGAGAUCGUCAAGACAGUGAAUCUGCUCAUCACCUCUCUCAGCACAGACUUCCUGUGGGAUUACAUGAUGCGUUGCUUUGAAGAUUGUUUUAGAACCCUGAAGCAGAGUGAUGAUGCUGGUAAGAAGAGUGUCAGUCCUCCCUCGAGUGUGUCAGAGCUAUGCACGCUGCUGGUCUUCCUCCUGGAUGUCAUCCCCUUGGAACUCUACUCUGAGGUGCAGACGCAGUACCUCCCCCAGGUGCUUGGCUGCCUGGUCCAGCCCCUGGCUGAUGAAAUGGAGAUGUUGAGCUUGCCAGAGCUCACGCACGCCCUGAAGACAUGCUUCAAAGUGCUCAGCAAAGUGCAGAUGCCCCCCUCCUACCUAGACACGGAGUCUUCGAGUUCGAGUCCAGUAAAAGGUGAAGAAAAUGAGAUCAGGUUAGAUACAAAGGCGCUGAUCCCCGGGGAUGAAGAUGCGUCCUUCCCUCCACUCAAGUCCGAGGACAGCGGGAUCGGGCUGAGUGCCUCCUCCCCAGAGCUCUCGGAGCACCUGAGGGUGCCCCGGGUUUCUCCCGACAAGGACGACGUCUGGAAGAAAGGGGGGAGCAUGCAGCGGACGUUUCUGGGCAUCCAGGAGCUGAUUGUCAACUUUGCCCACAAGCACAUCUUCGGGGCCCCUCUCGAAGUCUCCGCCGAUGACGAGGAGAACUCUGCAGAAGAGCCUGCAGGCCGGCGGGAGGAGCAGGGUUUACCGGGCUCUGGGCUCAGCAGCGGCCUUCGGAAGAACUCGUGGGAGGCCCGGCCCCUUGGCGUGCCCCAGUUCAAGCAGCUGCUCUCAGACCUAUUCACCAUCCGGGGGUCCCCGUCCAAGGCCAAGAGCGCUGCCGAAUCCCCGCAGCCUGCGCCCAGCAUCCCGGGCCAGAAGGAAGAAGGCGAGUGGACCGUCGAGCGAGGCGCCGUGGAGCUCCAGGGCUGUCGGGAGGACUGCAGGGAGGCCUUGGCUGCUGCCUGCCACCUGCUGCUGGAGUGCGCCACCUUUCCCGUCUACCUGUCCGAAGAGGAGACUGAGCAGCUCUGCGACUCGCUCUUCCAGCUUCCCGGGGCCAAUGCCUCUGCCUUCCCCAUGUGGCUGAGGUCCCUGAUGACCAUUGGCUGCUGUGUACCUGACUGCGCCCUCCAAAACGUGGCCAUCUCCACACUGCUAGAGGUGAUCAACCACUCCCAGUCCCUUGCCCUCGUCAUCCAAGACAAGAUGCAGCGCUACAAGAGCUCAGGACACAACCCAUUCUUUGGCAAGCUGCAGAUGGUGACACUUCCCCCUGUCGCACCAGGGACACUGAAAAUCAUUGCUGAGAAAACUGACUUCUAUCAGAGGGUAGCCCGGGUGUUGUGGCACCAGUUGAACAAGGAGACCCAGGAGCAUCACGUGACCUGCGUGGAGCUCUUCUAUCGGCUGCACUGCCUGGCGCCCUCGGCCAGCAUCUGUGAGGACAUCAUCUGCCAUGCCCUGCUCGACCCCGACAAGGGAACCAGACUGGAGGCGCUGUUCCGCUUCUCUGUCAUCUGGCACCUGACUCGAGAGAUCCAGGCCUGCCGCGUCACAUCUCGUAGCCGCUCCUUCGACAGGUCCCUGUUCGUGGUGCUGGACAGCCUGACGUGCACAGAUGGUGCCAUCAGUGCAGCGGCCCAGGGAUGGCUGGUGCGGGCGCUGUCCCUCGGUGACGUGGCACGCAUCCUCGAACCCGUGCUGCUGCUCCUGCUGCAGCCCAAAACUCAGAGGACCUCCAUUCGCUGCCUCAGGCAGGACAAUGCUGCAGAAGACUUACAUCAUUGGUUGUAUAAGAAGAAAGCACCAUUCCGAGAGGCGAGUGGCUUGGCUGAGCCCCAGAACAGUAGCACUGAAGAGAGCCUACCACUGAGCCAGCUCACCACGGUGGACCGGGAGGCCAUCUGGGCCGAGGUGGAGCGGGAACCAGAGAAGCAGCCACUGCCGGACCCUGAGCCCCGUGACAAGGACCUGCCCAGUGGUGGCAGUGCUGGCGGGGAACCAACUGACAGCAGUGAGCACACGGAGUCAGCAGACACAGGCUCUAGCCCCACAGACAGCGAGAACGCAUCCUCCUCCUUCUCCUCCCUGUCGCAUGGGCCGCCCGAGGACGGUGGCACGGCCCCGCUCAGGCUUGGCCUGAGCCGCGUGGACUCAGACAGGACCCAGGCCUCAGAGUCGCUGUCCAGUGAUGAUGAUGACAUUGAUGAUGAGGCAGAGGAGGCCGAGGUGGUGCUGCAGGAGGUGCCCUCUGUCCAGCAGUCCCGGCCAUCACGGGUGCCACGCGGGAACCCCGAGGCCUUGUUUCAGCACAUUCUGCUCUACCUGCAGCCCUACGACUCCCGGCGUGUGCUCUAUGCCUUCUCGGUGCUGGAGGCCGUGCUCAAGGCCAACCCACGGGAGUUCGUGGAGGCUGUGGCCCAGACCAGCAUGGACACCAGUUCCACUGCCCACCUCAACCUUAUUUCUAACCUGCUCGCCCGCCAUCAGGAGGCGCUGGUGGGCCAGAGCUUCUAUGGGAAGCUGCCGACCCAGAGCCCCAGCGUCUGCCCGCACUCACUACUCAUCGAGCUGCUUGCCUACCUGUGCCUCAGCUUCCUGCGUAGCUACUACCCAGGCUCCCUGCAGGUCUCCCACCGUGAUAUCCUAGGCAACCGUGAUGUGCAGGUCAAGAGCGUGGAGGUCCUGACCCGGUUAGCAGCACAGCUGGUGGCUGUGGCCAAGUCGGCUGAGGGCCAGAACGCCGACUUCAUCCACGGCCUGUUGCAGCGCUGUAAGGUACAGGAAUAUGUCCUGCUCUCACUCGCCGCAUCUAUGCAUGCCAGCCGUCGGCACUACGGGCUGGCCACAGGCACUGCGCUGGCCACAUGGGCCCGUGCACCCCCCAACGGUCCCCUUCUGGAGGAAAACCUCAUCAAUCUAGGCCAGGACCAGAUCUGGAGUGAGCACCCGCUGCAGAUCGAGCUGCUGAAGCUCCUGCAAGUGCUCAUCGUCUUGGAGCACCACCUGGGCUGUGCCCGUGAGGAGGCCGAAAACCAGCCUGAGCUGGCCCGCGAGUGGCGGCGUGCUGUGAACUUCCAGCAGGCCAUCGGUGCCCUCAACUAUGUGCAGCCGCACCCGCUCACCUCCCAGGGCCUGCUGGUGUCGGCUGUGGUGCGCGGGCUACAGCCGGCCUAUGGCUACGGCAUGCACCCGGCCUGGGUGAGCCUGGUCACGCAGUCCCUACCCUACUUUGGGAAGUCACUGGGCUGGACUGUAACCCCCUUCAUCGUGCAGAUCUGUAAGAACUUGGACGAGCUGGUCAAGCAGUAUGAAAACGAGUCUGCGAAGCUGCCUGUCAGCCUGAGCUCCAAGAGGGAAAACAUCUCCCCUGAUUACCCGCUCACUCUGCUGGAAGGUCUGACAACCAUUAGCCACUUUUGCCUUCUGGAACAACCCAAUCAAAACAAAAAAGUGGCUGCCACUGAUAUUAGCAGCAUGCGAAAUGCCAAGAACGCUAUCUUGGAAGAGCUUCCUCGGAUAGUUAACACCGUGGCCCUUCUCUGGAAUGUUCUCAAAAGGGAAGAGGCUCAAAAGAGGCCUGUGGAUAUUCUUGGGGCCAGCAAAGGGUCCUCAUCCGUUUACUUUAAGACUACAAAGACCAUCCGGCAAAAAAUCCUGGACUUUCUGAACCCCUUGACAGCCCAACUUGGGGUGCAACUGAUAGCCGCUGUCGCAGCAGUAUGGAACAGAAAGAAAGUCAAACGGCACAGUAAGACAAAGAUUGUGCCGGCUCCAAGUGCAUCUCAGCUGCCUCUGGUGGACCUGGUGUGUGCACUCAACACCCUGCAGACUGACUCGGUGCUGCAGCUGGUGAAGGAGGUGGUGAAGCGGCCGCUGCCCAUCCAGGGGAACGAGAAGUCUGCCAAGGUGGAUAUUCCUGUGCUGCAUUUCUGUCACGCUUUCAUCCAAAGGCUCCCGGGAGCUGCCUUGCAAGAGAACUUCCCUGCCCUGUUGGGUGUGUUCAAGGAGUCAGUCCAGCUCAUUCUCACUCCUCCCAGCUACUUCCUGCUUCUCAGCAUGCUGAACGACUUCGUGACCAGGACGCCCAAUCUGGAGAACAAGAAGGACCAGAGAGACCUGCAGGAAAUCACACAGAAAAUUCUUGAAGCUGUGGGGAACAUUGCCGGCUCUUCCUUGGAGCAGACCAGCUGGCUGAGCAGGAACCUGGAAGUCAAGGCCCAGCCUCAGAUCUCCCUGGAAGAAUCUGAUGCUGAGGACGAUCUGUACGAUGCUGCAGCUGCUACCUCAGCCAUGGUGUCCUCGUCGGCCCCAUCCGUGUACAGCGUGCAGGCUCUCUCUCUCCUGGCAGAGGUGCUGGCCUCGCUGCUGGACAUGGUUUAUCGCAGCGAUGAGAAGGAGAAAGUGGUGCCCUUAAUCUCCCGUUUGCUCUACUACGUCUUCCCUUACUUGCGCAAUCACAGCGCCUACAAUGCACCCAGCUUCCGGGCCGGCUCCCAGCUGCUGAGCUCACUGAGUGGCUAUGCUUACACAAAGCGCGCCUGGAAGAAAGAAGUGCUGGAAUUGUUCUUGGACCCGGCCUUCUUCCAGAUGGAUACGUCCUGCUUGCACUGGAAAUCCAUUAUUGACCAUCUGCUGACUCACGAGAAAACUAUGUUCAAAGACUUAAUGAACAUGCAAAGCAGUUCUCUGAAGCUCUUCUCGAGUUUUGCCCAGAAGGCCAUGCUGCUCAAGCGCCAGGCCUUUGCUGUGUUCAGUGGCGAACUGGAUCAGUACCACCUCUACCUGCCCCUGAUACAAGAACGCCUGACGGACAGUCUCCGAGUGGGACCGACAUCCAUAGUCGCUGCUCAGAUGUUUCUUUUUUUCAGAGUUUUGCUGCUAAGAAUAUCUCCUCAGCAUCUGACUUCACUGUGGCCAAUAAUGGUCUCUGAGUUAAUUCAGACCUUCAAACAGCUGGAAGAGGAGCUGAAGGAUGAUGAGGAGGCUUUGAGAAACAGCGGCAAAAAUAGCAGAGUGAAAGCUCUGGGCCCUGAUUCUGCAGGGGAGCUCCAUCUCAGCAUGUAUUUAUCUGCUUGCAAAUUCCUGGAUACAGCCCUCUCAUUCCCUUCCGACAAGAUGCCACUGUUUCAACUUUACAGGUGGGCCUUUGUUCCGGAAGUGGACACUGAGAGCCCAGCCUUCCUGCCCGACCUGGAGGAGGGUCCCCAGGAGUGCAAGCCCCAUACUGUCCGGAUCCUGGAGCUGCUCAGGCUGAAAUACAGGCAGGAAGUGGGCGGCUUGGAUGAGCUCCCUCUGCAGAGGGAGUUCCCUCUCCUGCGCCAGCAUUCCGUGUCCAGCCUGAAGCAUUUGAUGCCUUUCUUCGAGACGCUGAACUACGCCUUCAAAGCCCAGGGCCAGCUGCCUGCUGAUGGGCCUGGCCGGCCGGCUUCAUCCCUUCAAGUCUUAGCCAGCCAGAAGGCCCUCCAACAGCUGGAGGAAUGUGUGGAGUUCGACUUCCUGGAGCAUCUGGAGUGUUGACCUCAGAAGACAAUCCAAGGGACACACCUGCCAGCAAGCACAAUAGCUUCCACUGGUCCUGGAACAACCGUUUGGGUGUCUGGGUGCCACAUGCUUGGACCCAGCCUGUGUGCGACCAGGACUAUAAGAUAUGUCAGAUUUUUUGGCCAUUGGGGGUUGGGGGCCAGAGUGCGGAGCCCCCAGCCCCUGUGUUGGACGAGGACCAGCUUUCCGGACUGUCUUCUGAAGAAGACAGGAGGCUGGCUGAUGCUUUGAAUGUAGAAGGGGUCUGUGGGCCUGCAAUCGUCUGCAUCCUUGUGCCAGACUCUGACUGGAGUCUGCUUUUCCCUUCCAAGUUCUGUGAAUAAAGUGAAGCCCAGACAUCCUCCAGCAGGGCUCCUUUUUUGUACUACAGCAGGAAGCAGGAGAGAACCGAACACUGGUCUUGUAGAUGAGCUUGUGGGCACCUGUCUCAGCUCUCUACAGAGCUAAGGUGGCCGGAUGUUUUCUUUUUCACCUUUCAUUUGUCCUUUAAAACAUUGGCUUGAGGGACUGGAGAGACAGCAUGAAGGGCUGGAGCAAUGCCUGACACACACACAAAUCCCUAGACUUGAUGCCUGGCACUGCUGGGGAGGUCUAGACAAAGAUGCAAAAAUAAAAAUGCUAAUUUCGAUGCUGCA